UUAAGCCGGUUAGACGUCGACAACUGCGCGAUCGACGGCUGCUAAAGCGAAGCAAAAACCCUGAGACCGAAUUCCGUCACAGUGCUCAAAAGUGUUCCACCCAAACCGACACAGAUAGCUUUGCUGGCGCCGCCCGCCGCCGGGUUGUGUAACGUCUUGGAUGUUAUUAACCUAUUUGGAACUGGCUGGCAUUGUUUCGUGGAGCGAUCCUGUUCAGAGAGAGAGAAAGAGCGACGGAGAAAGAAGUGCUGUGGUACUGGUGUAGUAUAAACAGAAAAGCUGAAAGAAAUUAAACAACAAACCUCGAGCUUUUCCCGGUCAAGAGUUGCUGUGUUGUGCAGCCUCGUUUGUAGUGCCAUGUAGAGGGCACUGUGCGGUAAACAUUGGUCAAUAUGCAUUCGUGCAUUGCAGCGAAGGUGUUGAAAUCAUAAUUGAGUAACCGGCAAGAAGAAGAAAAAAAGCGGUAAUGAACUGGAUAAAAGUCUUCGGUGGAGUUAAGUGCAGAAUUGCUUAAUUUUGUAACCACCUAUGGCCUCAAAUGAAAAAUUGAACUUCGGUGCUACUUCAAAUGAAGACCUUCCACAAAAAUAUCUAAGUGUAUACGAGAAAUAGUGUUGCAAUGAAAAUGAUUUGAAGCGGAGGGUGUGAUUGGAAGCUUCGAAGUCUCAUAUGACAGCCAGAGCGAAUCAAAAGUUGACAAUGUUUGUUGUUACGGCAGUCGCGAAUAACAAAACAACGAUGAUCUUGACGCAGCAAGCAUGUGGCGAAGGUGUAGUGAAAGCAAAAGAGAAACAAAAUUGUUUAGUGUGUGAAACAUGCAAACUACUGUGAACUUGAUAACAAUCAGUUACCCAUUGAGCAGUAACAAUGACAAUGUCGGAAGAGAAAAGUAAGACGAUGUUCGCGGAAAUGGAGCAAUCGGACGGAGGUGGUGAAACGAACUGUCUGAGGAAUGCUUUCAUUCAGACUGACGGUGGUUGCAGUUUGGGCCUUCACCUUAGCCGGACUCCCUGGGAUCCGUAUCCUUGGGUUAGUGGUGUGAUGGCCGGUUCACGUGCUGAGCAGGCUGGAGUUUGCGUUGGAGAUUGUGUUUUGAAGGUGAACGGAGAAGACUUACUGGGACUGAAGAUUGUAGAUAUUGCAAAGUUGGUGAAACAAGGAAAACAUUAUCAAAGCACCAAACCUGGCAUCAGUUUGCUGCUAUGGAACUCCGGUUUUGAGAAAAAUAAACUUAACCCGCAGUCAUUAUCACGUUUCGCGAGCUGCCUCCAGAGCAUCGCUGGACUGCUGGAAUGUCCGGUCUGCUUGGAGAUUAUACGUCCCCCCUCGUGGCAGUGUUGCCAUGGUCAUGUGAUAUGCUCCGGAUGUCGGGCCAAGAGCUCCAAGUGUCCCAUUUGUCGGGUUGUGCUGGGACGCGGCCGUUGCAUCGUGGCGGAUAAGUUGUUCAGCUUUCUGGUUCAAACGAUCGGACAUGAUGACGAAGGAGCAAAACGAGCAGCCGGCCAAAAAUCAUCUAAUUUACAGCAAAUUAGCACCCGUUUACCGUUGCUACCCCGUGACCAUCGGCACUGCAAACAAUCGACGAAAUUGAAAGCAAAUAAUUCUCCUUCCGCUAGUGCCCUGGCAGCGAUGACACACCGUUUCACGAAAUUUGUGCCAUCCGCAGUUUUACCUCAGUACUGCUGCCCAUCUGGUCAACCGUGUGAUAAAAUGAAAAACCAACAUGAAAUAUUCAUUCAUUUACAGAAAUCACAUCAAACGAGUGUUGUCCAGCACUACGCAGCCCCCGGUGACACGCUUGGCAUCAACUUCAGUGAGUCCUGUAUCACCUGUAUUGCCCUAGUGUUGGUUUGUAGUGCGACAGAAUGCGUGAUGGGUGAAAAUUACAACGGUUUACCUUGUCCGGAACCGACGCUCGGCAAUCGCACAAAUGGUAUCCACAAAACGGUCAGCCUGGCCACUGGCAGUAGUUCACUGUCGAUAUCCAGGGAUAAUAUUUUCUUCCUGGCGCGAUUCCGAUGCAUUGAAGCCAUUAGCCAGACGCUUUACUGGCUGUGGUAUCUCGGCCCAUCGGACGAGCUGAACCGAUUUCACGUUAGCAUCGUCGACGAAUCAGGCACGGUCAGAUGGAGCGGGCGACCGGUUUCACUGUUGCAAAACUGUAAAGAGGUUCUCAAAUCAAAGCAAUUCGUCCGCAUGCCUAGUGGGGCGAAAGGCAUGAGAGUGACCAUUAAUGUAAAUUGACAAUCAACGGUAGACUAACAUACUGAACAUGGUUGCGGGCAGCUGGCCGUCCGAUUGAGGAAAGUUGGUUUCGCCUUUUCAAAAGCCUCGAUGCUGCGUCCCUCAAUUGGACUUGACCUUCUGUUCGGUAACAUUCGCAGCUGUAACGUGGGCUCACCAAAUUGAACCGCAGGCCAGAACAUGUAGGAGUACCCAGCUAUUGGAGCACUAAGAUGACGAGCUACCAUGGAACUACAGUAACUGGAAUGUGAUAUCAGCAAAUCACUUUUAAAAAAAUUAAAUGGGUUAAUAUAGUUAAUAAUUCGUAAUACUUAAAACAAAAAUUACACUGGACUAUUUUACUAAAUGGUUUUAACUUUUUUUCAAGAACAUUAUAGCAAUCUAUGUGAAAGUCAAAAUUCUAACUGAGUUUCAUCAUCUCCAGUUUGACGAAUGUUUAACAGACUAAAAAGCAACGUGCCGAAAAUCUUUCCACACACUCAAUUUAUCUCGGCAAACUUCCCAACAGCUGAUGGAGCUCGGCGAAAUUUUUAACAAAUGUCAGCAAUAUAUUUCGACGAACAUUCAGCAAAUAUAUCAAUCUAUCGUAAACCAGCAGUUUGCAGAAGUUCUU